UACAUUCACAUACGUUAAUAAAAAAAUGGAUAAUGUUAACUUAACUUUAUCUUCUAUUUUAAACGAUAAAUCGGGAUUAACCUUAAAUGAUGCAUUUAUUAAAGUCGAAGAAGAUAAACAUACAGUUGAAGAAAAAUUACACAAUUUAAUAUACACAAACUAUAAAGUAUUUUUGACCAGUUCCCAAAGUUCUAAAGAUAUUAACGAAGAAUUUGUAAUAAUUAAAGAAUUGUCACAUAAUUUAUCGGUAUCACUGCCUAAUUACAAAGAAAUAUGUAAUCAAUUUAUAAAUGUAGCUAAAGAAAUUAACACAAGACAUAAAAAGGCUAAAUUAGCUUUGAUAAAAUAUCCAAAGCUUAUAGACUUUUUAGAAAUACCGCAAUUGAUGGACACAUGUUUUAAAAAUGGCUUAUAUGAAGAAACUCUUCAUUUGCAUGAAUUUGUCAAGAAAAUGAUGCAAAACCUUCCUCAUAUUCAAAUAUUAAAUCUCGUGUACAAUGACUCCCUAUGCACUUACCAGUCACUUAUACGCGGCCUCUCCGCGAAUCUAACUAGUGAUUCGCCUACCUUGGCUCAAGCGAUCGAGCGCGUGGGUCUUUUACGAGCUGCGGGAGUGUUCAGUGAGAAGGCGAUUAGGUUAUUAUUUUUGAGCCGAGCUAGCCGGGCACUGCGGAACGAUUUGAAAAAAUUAACCAGAGAUCAUUCGGAACCCCUUAAUUACCUUUUCGCUAAUCGGGUAUGCGAAACCUUGAGGAUUCACUUGUUCGAAACGAUAACUCAAUAUUCGGCCCUGUUUUCUCUCGAAGAGGAUUCGAAUAGUCGUUCGUUCACUCCUACUUCCUUUUCUCAAAGCGAUGAUACUAGGGCGAUGUCCAGAAAAGAAACUUACAAUCGCAUCUCCAAUUCAUGGCUAGCAUUCGAACUCCAAAACGCAUUAACAUUAAUCGACUACCAAACCGGGUUACUAUUCGAUAAAAACCGCAAUUUGAUAUCCGAAUCCGAACUCGGAUUAGCUUUUAGAAGUCUGGCGGAUCAAUUUGAUUACUUUUCUAUGACCAUGUCUAAGUUAAACGCGGAUUGUGGACAUUUACUCAUGCAGAAAUUGUGUGAAUACGCUACGUCAUACGUUUCUCGUAUGUUUGACGAUGUUUUAAGAAAAUUCGUUUCAAAUUUGCAACAAAAAUCCCAUUACUUUUGCAAGUUAGUGCCAAAAGAAAUCUCCGCCAGAAAGACUACCCUGAUGCCCGUACUCGAGAAGUCAGGUCAAAACUUAGUACAUCACCGAAGUUGCAUGAUUCAAAUAUCGCCGAACCCAUCGUAA